CCUCCUGCGGGAUUGCUGUUCGUGCCCUCUCCAUCCAUCCCACCUUCUCCCACCCCUCCACUCUCCUCCUCCUCCUGCGCGAUUGCGUAACCCCUCCUCGCCUGCUCCGAUUACGCACCGGCACCGGCCCCCUCGAUCACGCCGCUCGGCCCUCCCCUCACGCCCGCAACCAGGCCCCUUUCCGGAGGAGUUGCUGGCACGAGAAUGGGAUGCAAAGAUGAUGACCUGGCCAACCAGCGGCAGGAUGUUGCUGCUGCUGAAUACGAAGAAGGCAGUGAAGAAGAAGAAGAAGAAGAGCCGUUUGAACGUGUGUUCUAUGAUGAUGAUUACGACGGCGACAGUGAUGCUGAGCCAGAAACGCAAGCUGUGGAUCCUUGUGAUGAUCAUCAUUUACCGCAAGAGGAGGAGGAGGCUACUGCAGAGGAACCUUGUGAUGGCGCCGCUCCACCGCAAGGUGAGGAUGCCAGCGACGAGGAACCUUUUUAUUCUGAACUCCGCGAUGAGGAAGAAGACAGUGGCGAGGAGGACUCGUUUCAUGCCGAGCCUUUCACCGAUCCCGUGCGCACUGCUCGCAGCACUAAAAGGAAGCAGCUCUACGAAGUGGAGCCAUAUGAUGAUCAGGUGGCUCGUGAGGAGGAGUUUGUUAACAAGAGGUUCAGUGCUGUGCAGGCUGUCAGGAAGGAACAAAAGAAGCCAGAGGCCCUCAAACGGGUGCUGAGAAAGGGUGGCAGCAAGGUACUACCAGUGAUGGAUGAAAUGGAAGUCAAGCCGUUCAAGAAACGACUGUCUGUCAGGUUUGCUACUGAUGUAUCCUGUUACACAUACAACACUGAAAGUUUUGGUGCUGCCAAGUUGGAGAAAAGGAAAGCUCAGUUUGAUGACCAGGACAGCCACUUGUGUAAGAGGCAAGAACACAUGCUCUCUUUGCCUCAGGAUGUCGGAAAGCUGAAACAAGUUGAUGACACUAACCUGUAUGUGGGUAAGCUGCCAGCUUCUGUGUCCUCUAGCAGGCUCCUUGAGUUAUUUCUUCCUUUCGGACGAAUUACUCGAUAUAAAGUUGUGGAUGAUUGUUUCACUGGUGUAAGCCUGGGACACGGCUUUGUGAAGUAUGCUGAUCCUAAUAGUGCAGCAUCAGCUAUUAAACGCAUGAAUGGGCGCCUGGUUGAUGGGAAAACAUUAGAGGUUAGAGCAGCUCGUGUUCCACCAUCAGUACCCAAUCCAUCUAUGCACUCUGUGUCAGAAGCUGGCAGUCUGUCCUCGAAGGAAAUUGACACGAGUGCCUUGUAUGUCUCCCACCUCCCCUUAUCCAUGGACGAGCUAAAGCUACUCGAGCAUUUUCAGCCUUUUGGUGAAGUAACUGCUAUAAAGGUACCCAGAGAUCACACGACAGGUUUAAGCAAAGGAUAUGGCUUUGUGAAAUACUCUGAUUCUCAUCAUGCAGCUCAGGCCAUCACCCAUUUGAAUGGAGUUAUGGUUGAUGGUGGAAAGAUCGAGGUUCGAGUGGCCGGCAGCCCUCCAACACUGUCAAAUUCAGCCGUGGGAUCACACAUCAAUACCAGAACCACCAAGGAAAUCGACAUGGCCAAUCUAUAUGUCUGCAACAUUCAUGCAUCCAUUGACACAAAUAAGUUGGUUGACCUUUUCUUGCCAUUUGGUAAAGUCACCCAUGCGAGAGUGGCAGCUGACCAAGGCACUUGUACAGGUAAUGGAUAUGGCUUCGUCAAAUUUGCUGAUCCUCAAUGUGCUGCCGAGGCUAUUGCAGUAAUGAAUGGAGCACUGAUUGAAGGGGAGGCAUUAACUGUCAGAGUCGCAGGCCUUUCAUCAUCAGCAUCCAGCUCAGCUGUACAAGGCUCUCCUCCAGAAAUCAACAAAUCUAGACUGUACGUCACUAACCUUCCACGGUCCAUGAAUGCCGAUAAGCUGGUUAAGCUUUUCGUGCCCUUUGGCCAGAUCAGCAAAGUCGUGAUGGAUGUGGAGUAUAGCCUAGUGUAUUAUGCAGAUAUAGCCUCAGCAGUCACAGCUGCCAAAAACAUGGAUGGGUACCUGAUUGAUGGACAGAGGCUAGCAGUCAGGAGAUCGGACUCUUGUGUAACCAAUGCAGGAGAGCAUGCUUUAUCAGAGUCAGCUGUCAAGCCCAUGAAAGAAAUUGAUAUGGCCAAUCUGUUUGUUGGCAACAUCCCACCAAUCGUAACUGCUGAUCAGUUGGUCGAGCUUUUCCGACCAUUUGGACGAGUUGUGCAAGCUAGGAUGUUUCAACAUAAGGGGUAUGGGAUGGUUAGGUAUGAAAGUCCUUCAUCUGCUUCUGCUGCAAUUGAUCAUAUGGAUGGUUACCAAAUUGGAGGACAUGCCCUGGUUGUGAGAGUAGCAGGCCUUCCUAAUCCUAAGGAUUUCAGUGCUGCAACAAAUUCUCUAGCACCACAGAUGUCUGGCAAUGAGCAGAGACAAAUUGACAUGACCAACCUAUAUGUGUGCCGCCUCCCGCUCUAUAUGACAACCGAAAAGCUAAUCGAAAUCUUCCUACCAUGUGGCCAAAUCACUCAAGCAAAGGUAGUGGUUGAUCGAUACACUGGUGUGAGCAAGGGAUUCGGAUUUGUCAGAUUUGCUGAUACUUAUGGUGCUGCUGUGGCACUCACUCACAUGAAUGGCUACCCACUGGAGGGGCACAUCUUGGAGGUUAGAAUAGCCGGUGUUCAUCCUAGUGCUAUGGGCAGCUACAUGACACAUCUCUACUCCCAGUUGACAUUCCCAGACCCCUCAACGAUGGCGGUUGGAGUACCAACAUCGUAUUGGCCGCACUAUUGUGCUGAAUCAGCAUGCGCCACGUCAGCCGAAAACCAGGGGCAGGGAACUAGACCUGCAACUGACGCUUCUUCUCAAACCUCUCAGCAGGAAGGCUUGCCUGAAUCUACCGAGAAAGAUAGUUCUUCUGCAUCAAGCUCAAGCCAUGUCAGCCACCCUUCUCAGCUACAGUCAUCAGCAGGUUGGGCUGGUCCGCCUGGCUUUGAACCUCGUGCCGUCUGUUCUCAGGAACCGUCUGUAGGCUGGGCUGGUCCGCCUGGAUUUGAGCCCCAUGCCAUGCCCAAGAAAGACCUUGGCACCGUGAUGAAUCCUUCCCAGCCUUGUUCCAAGGUUCAUUUGGCACAGUCAGAAGGCGGCCAGAAAAGGCAUUCGGUUGUCUAGCGCCAUGAUCUGCUUCAGGGCCCUUAUGAUAGACUGUACGGAGCCCUUGUCGUGAGAUGAAGACCUUGCUUCAGUAGCUUUGGUAUUACUUUUGGAAAAAAUACUAGUCUAGUAUCAUUGGGUUUAGCUUAGUACUUAACUAGUAGAAUUGGGUAGUUGAGCUGGCUGGGAAAAGGAAAACCAUGUCGGUGUAAAUGUAAUGUUAACCUGCAUAUGGCAUCUUUGCAUUGUUAUUUGUGAUGCCAACUGAUGACCACCACUUCAGUUAAGACUUGAGAGGAUCUAGGUUCCAUGCUAUCUUGAUGUCUCUGCAUUGCUUGCUGGUCUGCUACUAUUCUAAAGCUAUUUGUUCAGUUAAGUAUCACUACUGUUCUGUCUCAAGGGGAAAA